CUUCCACAUGUUUCCUGCCAAAAAAAUGAGUUCAUAUCAUUAAGGGCAAUGUGGGAGGCCUACUUAUAAAAGAGGCAUAAAACCGAUCCCUUCUGUGUGAACUGUGGGUCUGUUGUAGAGGCACUUGCCCAACAUUUGUCUGACUUUAAAAGGUAGCAAAAAACUGAGGGACUUUGGUAGCAGGCUAGAUUCCGUAUAUUAGUGAAAUAGGGGGGCUUUGUAAAUAGAUGGAUUGGUAGCAUUUGGAUUAAUAGAGAAAGCUUUAAAAGUGUUAAAUCUGUUUGUACUUCAUUUCUUGUGUCUGGUUUAUCUCUGUCCUUCAAAGUUGGUUUGAUAUAAUGUUUCGUUUUCAGAGCUGUCUGCCAGUAUUAAAAGAUAGUUUCUUCUUCCUUUGCCCUCCCUCCUCUUCUCUCCCCCCCUCAACAUGGCAAGUAUUUCCUCAUAUUGCCUCUGAAUAAAUCGCUGUAAAUUUGCUUCAUAUUGCGUAAAACAGUAUCACACUAAUUGUGUACUGUAAUUCGUAUUCGUUUAACCACUGUGAAAGUACUGAUUGUAUUGAAACAAGCAGAUCUUUAUGCAAUAAGUGCACACGUUAGCUGAGGCCAAGCCUAUAGCAAAAAUGUAUGGACACCUGAGCAGCAGUUCUUAUUCAAGAGAAUCUAGAUUAGUUUUCAUUAAUGUAAGCUUCAGUCUGUAUUUAGCUAUUCCUCAUUUUAAAGCACUCAUCUGCAGCAUUUAGGCUUUACAGGCAGCACAGCUGUCCUCAGCUUUCAUGUGAAGAGAUCUCUUUAGGGCUGGGUUUGUAACGUGCUGGGAGGUCAGGGCAGAUUGCUUGUGACAUCAUGACUAAGAAUACUGUGAUGUCAUCAUCGUUCUACUCAGCACACUUGUGAGAUGCCUCUAUCUCUUGGAUUCAAAGACUCACUUCCACCCUCCUACCCCUGAUCCCUCAUUUCCCUUAUUGUGAAAUGAACAGGUUUGGAUGUCACUGUCUCAGUGCUUCUGAGGAAGUUUCAUUGCCUGAGAUGCAAUCACCAUUGAUCCUUUCCCUGACAGCAUCUGAAGAUGGGGCUUUCUUCCUUGAUGGUCCAAGGUGUCUGUGGUGCAUUGUGCUGUCCAUGCCUCGAAUGCAACCUUGCAAGACAUUAUGGGGAGUGCCUGUGUUUCCCGUUGCUACCAGGUUCCACCUUAGCAUUAAGAGUUGGCGUCAGAGAAAGGCACAGAAUACGAGGAACCCUUUGUGAAGACUGGAUGGCAGUUCAUUGCUGCUGGCCUUUUGCUGUCUGUCAAGCAGCUAGGGAACUGAAGAGGAGGGCUACGACCCAGAUCUAUGAAGUAAAUGCUGCUCCUGCAGCUACAGAUACUCCAGUUUUAAAAUGUCCAGGCACAGAACUUGAGUUGUGAUACUUUCCCCUCUCCCUGCAAUGCAAAUGUAUUAUUUUUAGAAAUAAAAUGCAUUAGUGUUUUACAACAAAGCCUCCCCAGUGGCCCUAUGGGGAUCUGAUAUAACACCCAAUAAUCUCAGGUGCCAGUUUCCGCAGUAUAGCCAUGUUAACGCAGUUCAGUGCUCUUAUGCCUGCCCAGAAGUAUGGCGCUGCCUUCUCUGUCUGGGGACUGAGAUCACAAAGCUCAGUGCAAAGUGAAGAAAUUUUCUUAGGAGAACAGAAGUGGAAAAAUCACUCUGCAGCUGAAAAGAAUUUGAGAAGAGGAUCAAAGACACAAGAAGAAACAGAGUUUAAUGAACAGGGCAUGAAACUGGAAAUGGAGGGAAAUGGGCACUGGUUCCCUUCAAUUUGCAGUGUAAAUUGCUGUUGCUCUUCUGUAAAAUGGGAAUGACUGAAUUUGCCCUUCUUGAAGAAGGGCUUUGAGAUCCUUCAAUGAAAACCCUCAUGGUAAUGAUAAUUACUAUUAUGUUCUUUUUAGUUCACUUCAGUUUUGUUGGAGGCAAGCUUGAGGAUUUCUGUCCCUCAAAAUUAUGGGAAGGAAAGGGAGAAAAUAACGGCAACCCUGCCUAGAUUUCCCAAAGUCAGACUACAGUCCCAGAGUAGCUAGACACACAUGGUAAACCUGGGUUAAUUCAGUGAUGGUGCUCUCGUUCAGAGAUGAGAAACAGAAUUCAGUUGAAAUACAUGAAAAUAAACAUUGUUUUAUUGUUUCAUGCAAAAACAGUUUUUAUGGUAACACAAUAGUUUGUAUGGUAUGGAAUAAUAUACGUAUUUGGCAUAGAAAACCUGACCAUUGUCCAUCUGCUAACCUCCAUUAUGAUAAUAGGCUAAUUUUUACAGUGCACUCAGUCUGAGACCCAGUUCUGUCAAUUAUUCUUCCAGUGUAUAAGGUGCAGCCAUCCAUUUGAGUCAAGAUAACUUUUAAAUGAUCUACAGAUAACAAACCUAAACAUUAGAGCUAUAAACUUAGACAAGUAAACUGCCGGCAAGUUAGAGCUUUCUAAAAACAUUGCCUUUCAACUGAUGAAAUACAAAAUAAAUGUCUCCAUGGUUAAUAAAAAAACAGAAAAUGAAGAUUCA